GCCGCUGGGCCGCUGCUCCGGGCAGCGCCGUGCGCCAGCGCCCGCCUCGUCUGUGCGCCUCCCGGGGCAGCUCCCGGCGCGGCGGGGUCUGCCUGCCCCCGGGGGAGCACCGCGCGGGGAAAUUCUCCUGCGAGUCUCACCGAGUUUCUUCUUGGUCUUCUUUGAGUUUGUUUACUUACAAUUCGCGUCCUCUCCUCCGGAUUGCCCUUCUGGUCGCAUAGCGGAUCCGUAGAGUUGCUUUGAUGGUUCUUUUAUGGAACAUUUUUUUCUCUGAGAAGAUUGCUGCUAAAAAGCUCCGAACAGGAGAAGUAAAUUCAGUCGGCUUGUCAGGCCACUGGCUCAGUGUACAAGCGCUUUCAUGAGGUAACCUUGGGCCAGAGUCAGCUUUUCUUUCUCCUUGGUAAAUCUGCAGCCAAGCAAUGGGCCAGAAAAUCUCAGGGAGUAUAAAGUCUGUGGAUGUGAGGGAGCCCCCUUUUAGGCCAGUGAAACGAGAGCUGAGAGGCCCGGAUUUCUGUAAGCCUGCGCGGCUGGACAUGUUGUUGGAUAUGCCCCCUGCCAAGCUGGAGAUCCAGUACAAACAUGCUUGGAACAAUGAAGAUCGCUCUUUAAAUAUAUUUGUAAAGGAAGAUGAUAAACUGACUUUUCACAGGCACCCCGUUGCCCAAAGCACAGAUUGCAUCCGAGGUAAAGUUGGCUACACAAGAGGCCUCCAUGUCUGGCAAAUCCACUGGCCCACGAGGCAGCGAGGGACUCAUGCGGUGGUGGGCGUCUCCACAGCUGAAGCGCCACUGCACUCGGUGGGGUACACGUCACUGGUGGGCAGCAACAGCGAGUCGUGGGGCUGGGAUCUGGGACGCAACAAACUUUAUCACAACUGUAAAAACCAGCCUGGAGUCACGUAUCCUGUCUUUUUGGAACCGGAUGAGUCUUUUGUACUCCCAGACUCCUUACUGGUGGUUUUGGAUAUGGACGAAGGAACGCUCAGCUUUAUGGUAGAUGGACAGUAUCUUGGAGUGGCCUUCAGAGGACUAAAAGGGAAAAAACUUUACCCAAUAGUCAGUGCAGUUUGGGGGCACUGUGAAAUUACAAUGAGAUACAUCAAUGGACUUGACCACUUCAUGGAAGUGUUGUUCUCCUGAAUCUCUGGAGCUGUGACUAAAAGGUGGUGUUCUGAGGUAUUCUGUUUACGUGGCUUGCUGGGUUAGACUGCAGAGCUCACAGACAUCUGUGGGAAAAAUAGAUAAGUAAUUUCUUUUAUCCUGUUGUGCUUUCACUGAAUUUUCAUUACUGCUAGGAGAUUUAUUAGUAUUUUUUAUGACCAGUCAUAGCCCGUGUUCUUUAAAAUAUUAUUUGCAAUUUCCUUUCUCUAGAAUGUGCCAUUUAAAGAACACAAGUCAAAUUUUCCAUCAGUUGCAUCAGGGAAGUCAUAAAUAUGUCAAAGGGGGUGUAUUUAUGUAUUGUAUUAUGUGGGAGAAAGAAUUUGGCCUGUACUCUGUAAAAUUAAAACAAUAAUUAAGCUCUGGCAGAAUGGUUGGAAGGCAAACUACUGCCUUACUUAUAUCUGUAUGUUUAUUGUAUGUGAUAAUUCAAGGGUAAUUACAAAUUCCUGUAUACCCUAAUUCACCCUAAUGGAAAUACUUGGGUCAUGUUACCGUUUCACAGGUGUUUUAGUAUCUGGAAUAAGAGGAAAAAUUUAAGAAAAAGAUUAAAAAGGAGUGCUGUGGUCUGAGGCAUGGAGGACUUGGUGCCCUGAUGGGGCUGAGGGCCACCCAGCAGCACAGGCAGGCAGGCAUCAGGUAGUAAUGGAGCUUGGAGAGGCUGAGAUGGGGAUGGAGUGGUUCUGAUCUGGGGCCUGAUUGAUGUGGAAUUCCUGGUGGACGUGAGGACAGAAGGGGGAGUUGGUCAGUAUCCAACAAGUAUGUAGCAAACAGAAACCAUUAUGCCUAGGUUAAGGUCCAAGCAGGGGCAUUGUGCAUCUCCUCAGUUUCCACGCCUUGGUGCAGCAGGCUUUUGCAGAGGUUCUUUCUUUGUUCUUGAGGCAGUGUGGCUGCACCUGAUUCCUCUGGCGAAGGGGUAUACAAUACAUUUGGGAACAGGACCAAUGUUAAUGUUUGUUAAUCUUUUACGGCCACAAGUACCAAGGUAUCAGAUGGUUUGGUGGUUCAGGUGGGCAUCAAAACAUCUCCUAAAAAUUCUUAAAUUUUUGUGACGAUGGUUCUCAGAAAAACCUCAUUUUCCAACCAGCUUUAAUAUUGCUUUUUUUCCCCCCAGACAAUUGGUAUUUUACAAAGUAAGAUAAAAAUGUACUUCACAGAUUAAUGAAAACUGCAAACAUUAUGGGUUGCUCUAGGUUUAAAAAUUUCUUUCAGAAAAUGAUUACUGUCGUUUGGCAAGUAACUGCCUUGUGCUGAAAGCUGUUCUUUUGUACGAGCAUUAUGUAAUGUGGCAGUUAAUAACAUUAAUGUUAUUGGAUGUUAGAUGACUUCAGUAUCUUGACGAUAAAAGCCUGUUUACAAAGAUGAGGCAUUCUUGUUGGAGUGCCAGAUUGUUAAGUAACCGCAGGUUGCCAGCACUAAAUGAACUUGCAGCCUGCAAUGAUGUGUGAAUUGCUAUUGCAGAUGCAUAUUUAUUGGGAAAAUGCUCAGGAGAACUUCAUGGGUCACAGUUAUAAAGUAUGCUGUUAGAAUGUACACAUGUAUGUGCAGCUGGCAUGGCUUGUGGUGGUGUCUGCUGCCUGGGGCACCUCUUGGUGGCACGCAGCUCUGUGCCAGCGCUGGCAGUGCCCCAUACCCUCCUUUAAAUGGAACUUCUUGUGAACUCCUGGGAGAUACGGGAACUAAGCUGAGUAGUGAUAUUUUUUUCACCAUUUUUUUGCUGUUGAAAUGUAUCCUUCUGUGAUGUGACAUCUCUGUGAAUCUACCUUUAGGUAAAGAAGUUUCAUACUAACCCAUAAAUGGGAAGAUUCCUGUAGAUGCAUUCAGAAAUGGGACAGCAAUUUGGAGGAAGUCAGACCUGGAGUUUACCAGCUAAGCUAGGGCUGAUUUUUCUUCUUGAAGUUCUGCUGGAGCCUGAAAGGAAACUAAACUUCCUGUGCAAAGCUUGCUGCCAUGUGCUGGAAUAUCUCACUCAGUUUCUUAGCCUGGUUGGGAAUUCAGUACAAAGAGCCAUUCUUGUGAAUUGUGUUUUCUUUACAAUUUUGUAUUUCAGCUCAGCAAUUCAUUCCUCCUUUUUCUAAUGGAUAGAGCGUUACUGGAGUGCACAUACCUUCACUGAAAGGGCUGGGUAUUCCUUCUUUCUGGAAGUUUGAAUUGCUCCAAUUUAAUUCCAUUUUGGGCUAUUCUAGAAAUAAAGCAUUUGUUUAGAGUUAGGAUAAAAAGCAAACCUAAUGGUUUAUUAAAUACUUGGAUUUGAAUAAUUGUUUUCUGCCCUUGCUAGGCACACCUAUCAGUUAAUAUCCUCAUACUCAACAGUUUUUCGAAGGUAAACAUGUAGAAAGACAUAUUUCAGUAGCCACAUUUACAGAUUACCAUGUGGCUUCAGGGUAUCCAUUUUGCUAUCUCUUGCAUGUUGGAAUAUUCUCUUGUCAUUUGCACUGUUGAGUAUUUUGGAUACAUGUGGUCUGUGUGUGUGUUUUAGGUGAGUGCACAGCAGUGUAUGCUCGAGACGGUUGAGCUUUUCCUUUCCAUGGUUUUAUCUCUAACUGAACUUCCAUGAAAACCUAAGGCAGUUUUGGUGUUUGCAUGUGUGUGGUCCUGCUGUUAGAGCCAGUGAUGAACAACCUCCUUGCCACCAUCCAGUUCCCCACCAGCAGUGCUGAUGUCAGCCCAGCUCCCUCUCACCAGGCUCCAGCAGAGGAAGUGACGCAGUUGAUGAAUUGUCGGCACCAGAGUGCAGUUAUGGCAGAUCCUGGGCUUAGCACUCAGCUGGGACACCAGCAAACAGCACCUGGUGAACCUGACAACAUGUCUGAAAUUACCACUUACAUCUGUGCUGCAGGGCAGUUGUACUCUGGCCUUUGCCCUGCCAGUUUCUGAGGCAGGGGCCGUGCUGGGAUCCUUUCAGUCCUGGGUGCUGAGGAAGUGUCCCCAGCUGUCUGUCCACGUGGCUUUGGGGCUUGGUGCUGCUGAGGGUCCUGCCCAGCUGCUGAAGCCGGGAUGCACUCCCCACUGCUGUGGAGCAUGGGGUAAAGGCAGUUGUGUUCAGUCUUUGAGUCUUUAUGCACAACCUCUCCUGCCUUCUCAAUGUAUACAAAGUCCACCACCUGAAAUUGGCCCAAUUUUCAGGAUCUAACUGAUGCUUCCUAAAACCCAAACCUUUCUCCAAAUGAUCUUCAUUUGUGAAAUACUUAAGAACAAUGCGAUGUGGGCGAGUAUUUGGACAGAGGCACAUAGCAAAUGUUUCACUGUCCCUCUGUUGAGUUAGGCUGCCUAAAACUUUUUAAUUUUAAACAGCUUUAUAGUUACAUAAACUAUUUGGAAACAUAAUAUGAUUUAUUCUCCUGAAUUUAACUUUUGGUCAUGUAGGACUAUUCACAGCUGCAAGUUUUUACUUAAAAUUCUGUUAUUACAAAUUUUCUGCAGACUCUUACAGCCAGCAACCCAGAAAAUAUCGCUUCUGUUUGUGUAGGACAAACCUGUAGGUUCUUUGUUUGUUUGUUUGAACUGCUGUUUCAUAGAAAGGAAAAUAAAGAUAAUGUAGUUAAAUUUUCGAGUUGCAGAACACGUUCUGUAUGCGUGAUUCAGCAGCUGCUGCAGACACGUGGGGACAAUUUCUGUAGCCUUUCAGAAUUCCCUGUAGCAGUGAGGAAAAAAAGAGGCUCACUUAGCAGUUCAAACUCGAAAAAUAUUUUAACCUUCCCUUAAACCGUGUUGUAAAGUUUAGAAUUAAUUCUGUUUCCAGCUGCACAGAUGGCUGCAUUUUGCAUAUUCCUUUGUCUAGGAGAAAAGGAGACCAUGUGAUCAGUUAAUGGCUUAAAACACUCUUAGUCUUCAUUUUAUAUCUUCUUUAUGGGACCCUCAGGGAUUGGGGAAGAUUCUCGGAAAAUUGUUGUUUAUGGUGUAAGACCUGUGAUGUGUGUUGUACUCCGUGUCCUGGAACUCACGAGCUAUUUUUGCUCCAACUUACUAACCCUGGUUAAUGAAUUUUGUAACUUCAUCCCUGAAGCAUCAAUAUUCAUAAUUCUGAUACUUAGAAGUUAAAUCUAAGAUCACAAAUGUAUCAAAAAUGUUACUUUAUUUCUAUAAUGUGUGGGUUCUCUCUAAAAAAAUCUUUCAAUAGUCAAAAUUCUAUAUGAAGUGGAAAUGGAUUGUGAGAAGAAAUGGACUUCAUAUCUGAGUCACAGGAGUGGUUUUAAAGCUAAAUAUGCUUUUUAGGCUUUCAGCACACCACAGAAUGCUUUGUAGGCUUUUUCCCUGGACAGUUUUUUGAAACGCCAUAAUGAACUGUGGACUCUACAAAUCAAAUGUGGUGCUGGGAUAAGUGACAAAAAAAUCCAUGAAGUCAGUGGUGUGUCAAUUUUAGUAUAUAUAACCAAUCCUUAAGCCUGGUAUUUUGUUUUCGAGUAGAUUUUAAAAUGAUAGCAACUGAAGGAUUGAUAGAUUAACUUUUAGAUGUGUAAACCAACGUAUGUGGGACACAUAAGAGCUCCUGACAAAACUGUUGAGAGCUGAACAAUUGCGAGGCCUUGUAAGAAAACGUGUCAAGUUCAUAAAAGGCUCGCACCGGUAUAUAGGCAUAACAGAUUUUUUUCUCACAUUUUGGGAGCAUUAAUAUAAAUACUGCUGUUUUUAUCCCGUAAACACAGAAAGCUUCCUGUAGUCUUUAGAGCUUUUAUAUUUUAGAGCAAUGUGUGCAGCCAAGUACAUCUGGUUAAAGUUGUUCUUGAAGAUGGGCAUAGCCUACCUUUACAGCUUUAUUCCUAUUUCUGCUGCAAAACAAUUUCCAUUGCAAAUCCCACAGUUACUGAGGUCAUUCACAUUACUAUAGAAAGAAAGUGCUGUGACCUUUCUGCAGUUCCCUGUAACUUGCACAUCAGGAUAGGAAGAAGAUAGAGUUAAGAUGGUUAGAGAUGCUGUCAUCACUGUUUGGGUCUCCAGUCUUAACAUCUGUCCAUCAGGAAUUUCAGUUGUUGUUUUUGUGUUUUGAGGUUAUGUGUGUCUGUAUGAGAGCAAACACAGUGGCUUCCUGUCUGCUGAAUGCUCCUCCCCUCAUUUAUUAAUAGGGUAUGGGUUAAAUUCCCUAUGGAUUUUUGAGGGUCCUUUUUGAAAGAAGAGCUAAGAGAGUGUCACAGGAAAAGCAGUGUUUGCUGAGAAGUCUGGUUACCCUUAAGUACUGUUUCCAGUUCCUAAGGCACAGAAGGAGUUGGUAUGCAGGGGUCAGAAGUUGCCAGUUUAGUUCCUGUUAACACAACAUACGGAAUGUGGUGUUACAGAGCAGAAGCUCUUUGUCUUAUUAGAAAACUGGAAAUGUAGUAACUUGUUAUGCUGCAACUUUGGAAGUGUGAAAAGUGGUUCUGUGUUAUUUUAAGCCUUAUAGCUGAGGAAGCUCAGUCUGGAAUUGUGGUCAGAUGUCACGGGUGAAAUGUGCAGCAUUAUCUCCUCGCUUGUAUGGAAGUUCUCAGUUACCUUAUGGUUGACAGGUUUUUCACAGUGCCAUUGCUAGCUUCACUACUGCCUAACACGAUACAGAAUCUAUGUUAAUAAUAAGACAGACUGUAAGUGGAGAUGCUGAGAAAUUAACUCUAUCUAUUUUUU